GAAAACAACCAUUUGGUGAGUCGCAAAUAUUUAAUACUAGACAAAUAGAAAAAAUAUAUUGUAAAGUUAUAAUGGCUUUCAACUCACAGCGUACAUUUAGAGCCCCAACUUUCCGGUCACAACUUUCAGUUCGUCGUGUGUAUGAAACUUUGGAGCCAAGAUCAGAACAGAAAGAAACUCCUGUAGCUCACUUUCUUCAUGUUUAUCUUCCUGGUUAUACAAAGGAUCAAAUGAGGAUUACAUUGCAAGACGCAUCACAAGUGUUGAGGAUUUCAGGUGAACGACCAAUUCAAGGCAACAACAGAUGGAGAAAAUUUGACCAAACAUAUCCUGUUCCAGAAAACAGUGAUGUAGGAACACUUGAAGCUAAGUUUGAACAAGGAACUCUCAUUCUUAAAAUGCUAAAGAAACCCAUUUCAACACCACAAGAAGUGGAAAAAAUUCAACUAGACCACCCUUCAAGUAAUAAAGGUUUAGAUGAAGCAAAGCUUGAAAAAGUCCAAGAGACAAUACCACCAACUCAAGACAUGAAAAGUGAUUCACCUCAAUCUCAAAGCAUUGAGAAAAAGACACAAGAGGCUAUUCAUGAUGACACAUUGUCUCAAAUUGCUAAACAAACACUUACCAAUAAUGAGCCUCAAAAGGAUCAACAAGAUCUUGAGCCAAAACCAACAUUCAAGGACACAUCCAAGGCACAAAUUUAUGAAAAGGCUCAAGAGCAAUUUGUGGCAAAACCAACAUUCAAAGACACAAUAAAAACACAGGAAGAUGAAAAGGCUCAAAAGGGUCCACAAGAAUUUAAGCCAAAACAAACAUUCAUUGAGAGAACCAAAACACAAGUAGAUGAAAAGGGUCAAGAGGAAUUUGAGAAAAAACCAACAUUCAUUGAGAGAACCAAAACACAAGUAGAUGAAAAGGCACAAAAGGAUCAAGAAGAAUUUGAGAAAAAAACAACAUUCAUUGAGAGAACCAAAACACAAAUAGAUGAAAAGGCUCGGAAAGAUCAAGAGGAAUUUGAACCAAAACCAAUAGAAAAAGUGGUUACCAACAAAAACUUUGAGGAAAAGAUAAUGAGAAAGAGUGAUCAUGAAGAUGCUGAGGAGGAAAGGAUCUUAAAGAAGGAAAAACUUGAAGAGAAAUAUGAGAAGCCUUAUGAGUCAAGUAAGACAAUGAAAGAUGUGAAAGAAAAUGAAAUUGAGAGAGAAGAACACUCUACUCCAAAAGUUACAAAUAAUGAAAAGGAAUCUAGUAGCAGAGUUUCUCCCAAUCAAGAAGAGAAGAAUGGAAUCGGAAAAUUAGCUGCUGCUUCUACUCAAUUUCUAACAAAAAUGACAGAAGGGAAAUGGAGUGGUGAUGAGAGACAUUUGGUUGAAAAUGUAGGUGCUGCAGUUCUAGUGAUUGCUGCUUUUGGAGCCUAUAUAUCAUAUAGGUUUUCCACUUAAGGGAGAACUAUAACUAACUAUAGUCCUACUUAUGGAGAAAUAAUGUUUGAUGCAUGAAUAAAGUCUCCUCUCAACUAAUACAAAAACCUAUAAUCACGUUCCUUCAAAACUAAAACUAAA